AUGGCCUUCUUCUUCAUCCUUGUUUGCACCCUCAUUUUUCUAGCCAUCGCCUCCUACGUUCAGUACGCACGCUGGCAGAAGGGGAAAGGCCGCCGCUUCGGCGACCAUGAGAAGGCUUCUUCUUCUUCCUUGAAGCUGCCUCCUGGCUCCAUGGGCUGGCCUUACCUUGGUGAGACCCUCCAGCUCUACUCCCAGGACCCCAACAUCUUCUUCGCCUCCAAACAGAAGAGGUACGGCGAGAUCUUCAAGACGCACCUCCUGGGUUGCCCGUGCGUGAUGCUGGCGAGCCCGGAGGCGGCGCGGUUCGUCCUGGUGACGCAGGCGCACCUGUUCAAGCCGACCUACCCUCGCAGCAAGGAGCGCAUGAUCGGGCCGUCGGCGCUCUUCUUCCACCAGGGCGACUACCACCUCCGCCUCCGCAAGCUCGUCCAGGGCGCGCUCGGCCCCGACGCGCUCCGCGCGCUCGUCCCUGAGGUCGAGGCCGCCGUGCGGUCCACUCUCGCUUCCUGGGGGGACGGCCACGUCAGAAGCACGUUCCACGCCAUGAAGACGCUGUCGUUUGAUGUGGGCAUCGUGAUGAUCUUCAGCGGCGGCGGCCGGCUGGACGAGCGGCGCAAGGCGGAGCUGAGGAAGAAUUACUCUAUCGUGGAGAAGGGGUACAACUCCUUCCCCAACAGCCUACCGGGGACGCUCUAUUACAAGGCGAUGCAGGCGCGGCGGCGGCUGCACGACGUGCUGAGCGACAUCAUGCGCGAGCGGCGGGAGCGUGGCGAGCUGGGCACCGACCUGCUGGGCUGCCUGAUGCAGUCCCAGCAGGGCGGCGACGAUGGCGCGGCGCCGCUCCUGAGCGACGAGCAGGUCGCGGACAACAUCAUCGGCGUGCUGUUCGCGGCGCAGGACACGACGGCCAGCGUGCUCACCUGGAUCGUCAAGUACCUCCACGACCACCCCAAGCUCCUGGAGGCCGUCCGGGCGGAGCAGGCGGCGGUCCGCGAGGCCACCGACGGCGGGAGGCUGCCGCUGGCGUGGGCGCACACGAGGAGCAUGGCGCUGACGCAUAGGGUGAUUUUGGAGAGCUUAAGGAUGGCGAGCAUCAUCUCGUUCACGUUCAGGGAGGCCGUGGCCGACGUGGAGUACAAAGGGUUCCUUAUCCCCAAGGGGUGGAAGGUGAUGCCGCUCUUCAGGAGCAUCCAUCACAGCCCGGACUACUUCCAGGAUCCACACAAGUUCGACCCUUCUAGAUUCCAGGUGGCGCCGCGACCGAACACGUUCCUGCCAUUUGGGAACGGCGUGCACGCGUGCCCCGGGAACGAGCUGGCCAAGCUCGAGAUGCUGGUCCUCAUCCACCACCUGGUCACCGCCUACAGGUGGGAGAUUGUUGGAUCCAGUGAUGAGGUCGAGUACAGCCCAUUCCCUGUGCCCAAGCAUGGCUUGCCUGUCAAAUUGUGGAGAGACAACAGUACGGUGGACAGAAAGGGGCAUCAGUAUCAGACCGAUGAUGUGGAGGACAUAAUAGUUCGACACUUAAAUUAG